AUGGCUGGUUCUCAGCCGUCAACCGGCACCCCUAGAAGUUUCCCCAAUGCUGUUGCUCCUGAGCUCGCUCCUGGGAGCACGGUAUCACUUACCAGUGCUCCGACCUCGGGUCUCAAAAAUGCAGAUGCCAUGACGGGCCUAGUCGGCGAUCACACUGCCAACGUGGAGUACUUUGGAAGUAGCAGCGCCAUCUCCUUCAUGCGUCAGAUCAACACUGCCAUUGACACGUUGUUAGGGAGGUCACAAGUGGCGGCGCACUCUGGAAGCGGUGUCGCGCAGUUCUCUCAAACAAGUAUUGAGGCGGUCCCCAUCGAUGGGGGUGUCGUCGACCCCAUGACUUGUACUCUGCCCUCAAGGGCCUUUGCUGAUGGCCUCAUGCAGGACUAUUACAGACUUGUAUGGGUCAUCUUACCUAUCCAUGACUGGCUCGUCUUUGAGAAGGGCUAUCGAGCUAUCUGGCUUGGCGAACCGUUACCCUUACCGGAGAAAGAGCUGUACUACAUGGUCAAUCUUGCUUUUGCACUGGGUAGCCAAUUUUCCGAGAAGGUGUCUCCAGGGAAGAGGAACGAGCUCGGCCAGACCUUUUGGAAGAGGGCUCAGGCUUUGUACGAUCCACGUCUACAGCCCACUGCUACCCUCGGGGGUGUCCAGUGUCUGUUGAUGAUGGGGCUAUUCCUUCAGGGCACAUCUGAGUCCCACCAAUGUUGGAUGGCCAUUGGUUCAGCUGUUCGGAUGGCUCAAAGUCUUGGUCUUCACAUGGCUUCUACUGUUAGCAACGAAAGUUUCCGCGAGCUUGAGAUUUCUCGUAGAGUGUGGCAUGGAUGCGUUUCUAUGGAUCGGUAA